AUGGUAUCCGCAUCAAUACCAUCAUCAACCGCACCGAAAGGGAUUCGUUCAUGGCCAAAGGAUAGAUUGGACAGCAUCUACAAUUUCUUCAAAAAUAAACUACAUAUUCAGCAACUGAGCCUCGGGGAAAAUGACCGAUUGAACGUUGAGCUGGGAGAGGAGGCUGAUACAUCCGACGACCCCAGGCGCUUAGAUUUCACCAUUCCCUCGGGGGACUCGACAAAACACCGAUCAUUGACUGGGAUCGAGACGCGCGCAGAAUCUACAAAUUCGCACAGCUUGGCUUCAAAAACCGAUGGCACGCGUAUACCAACAGCAGUGUACAAGAGAACCGCGAGCUCAACAGUGGAUUAUGUGACACCAACACCGUCGCAUAAGUCCUUUCUCAAGCAUUGGAGCUACAAGAAGAGCUCCAUUGCCGCCGCAGUAAUAUUUAUAGUUAUUACCACUGUGGCAUUUCUAGCCCUGACCGUCCUCCUCAUCAGAAGGUUGAGACAAUCCUGGAAGCGAUACAAGAAAGGGAAACGCGAUUUCGCGAAUUCUAAAUACGCUGCAAUAUCUCCUCUCGACGACAACAUUGCUAACUACUCAUUUGGCAGCACGCCGAAAAUCAGACGCAGCCGCGAAAUGUCGGUAUCUGACAAGAGCCGUCCAACUACUAAGGCAUACGUCGCGGAAGAGGCGACGAGACUGGAAGCGGUGACUCGAGCACUUUGCGCACACGCAGAUGCCGUGCCGGUUUCGCCUCUUGGCUCAUUUGCUGCUCCGAAGCAGUCAGAAGCCAGGCUCCCACAACCGUUUAUGCCAGAGCGCCCAGGCAAAUCCGAAUUGCCAGCAGAGCCAUGGCGGGCCGGCUUUGUUCCAAAGCAAGUGGUCGUUGUUUCUCCUUUGAAUCGAAUGGUGUCAGGAAAAGCAGCAGAGAUUGGGUGGCAAUCAUCGUCGAGAACUAUCGAUGAAUCAAGCUUGCCUAAGUCGGAAGCAGGUCCUCAAAGGCCACACCGAAAAGCUCGUCGCGAGGUCCGCAACCCGACUCCGUCUACAGACCAACCUUUCCGUCUUCCAUCAAUCGAGAGAAGCACGUCACCUCUUUUCGAAUUCUGA